AAGUAACGCAAGUGCAUGAUUCAGGGGAAUUUCGCUCCCUGCUGUAGAGCGUUAAAGGCGGAAUGUGCAAAUCGAUGAUUACGAUCUUGGGCGCACAUGGAGAGUCUUUAGGCGUGCGCCGAGUGUAGCUCUUGAUUUGUCCACAUCAUACUGAUUUCUGACCUCUCUCUCACUUUUAGCCCACCUCAAUCCGUCAAGAUGGCCACAAAAGAGGAGAGAGUCGACAUCCACCGCAGGUUCAGAGUGGAGUGGGAGAAGAACUGGUGGGCUCGCUAUGCCUUGUCGCUGCGCAAGCGUGAUGGAACGUUGGAGGAUCACGCCGAGGAGGACCUUUGUGCUUGGCAAAACCGAGACUGGGAUGAAUGCAACAGGUUUACCAUCCUUGAACGCCUGUACCUCAUGCCAGAAUCCGAGCGAGAGGCCACGAACCAACUCUGCGGCCGUGUCGAUGGAAAUGUCUUGAUCGAACAUACCAUGGGCGUGCGCUGGGCUGAAUCACGCGCACAAAAGCGCGACCAUAAGGAUUUGGAUACAUUCUUCCCCACCGAAGAGUACAGACAAUUGGCAAAGCUCCCCAAGUUUCCGUACGGGUGCUGUUUUUACUCAUCCCCAGGUUGACUUCAAGGAGGAGUCUCAUCCCCAGGUUGACCCUAAGGAGGAGUAACUUCAUUUUGAAGGAUUCUGCCAGAUGGGUCGGUGC